CCUCUUUGCGCUCCCCAGGGGCCAAUAGCAGUGUCCUAGACUCCCCAGGGGCCACCAGCAGAGUCCUAGACUCACAAGGGGCCAAAAGCAGGGUCCUAGACUCCUCAGGGGCCAACAGUAGGGUCCUAGUUUCCCAGCACCCGUCCCACAGUGACUCGUCCCUGGCCACAGGCAGCUCCGAGGGAAGCCUCCAGACCACCCUGGAGGAAGGUCUCAGCUUUAGCGUCUCCCCCCCUCGAGGAGACCUGGGACUCUCCCUGGCCCUGCCUCUCCUCUGCCCUCUCCCCCUCCCUCACCUCGACGAAACACGACAAACCCCCAGAUCGCUGGGUCACCCCUCAAUGAGAGGCCGCAGUACAGCAUUCAACCUCCAAGCCACUAGAGGGCACCAGAGGAGCCAGAGCAGCUGUGGCAGCAGCACCAGUCCAGGCUGCCCAAGGCAAGACUCUAUGGACCCUUCAGAUGACGAUUGUGGGAUAGGGAUGGGAGGCGAAGGAUCCAGUCAGGCUUUUAACAGCGAACGUUUAUCAGAGACACUUAGUAGUUUGUCUCUGACAUCACUGCUGUCACCUAGCUGCCUGGCACCCCCUCUGGUGAAAAAAUGUAAUAGCACUGGGAGUUUGGACCAGGCAAAUCUUUCUGUUAGGAGUAAAGAUGGACAACAGUACUAUGAGAUAGAUGCUCAUGGGUACCUCACCAACCCUUGGACUGAGAAGAGGGGUGGACAGGAAGGGGAGAUGGGGUUUGGAGUUAAAGGUACGAGCCAGAUGAUGGAUGCCGGCUCAAGGAAAAACAGAUGAAACUUUUUCUAUCGGUUGGAACUUUUUUUUCUUCUCCAGAGGUGUUUGAUUGAUAUCUGUUCAAUGAACUCGUCUCCUCCCUCUUUCUCUCUCUCUUUUUCAUCAGUGAGAUGGCCAUGUUCUCUUCUUUCCAUGACGAUUGGGUGAAAAUUGAAGCUAAGGAAUACAUUUUGUGGAGGAUUACAAUGACUUCUGGGUAAUGGAGUUUAAUUAAGGCAUCUCAUUUUCUGAGACAUGUGGAUAUUCUUAGAGGUGACUACAGCAAUGACAGGACCCUUGAAAAACAUGCUAAUUCUUGCCUUGCAUGGAGCAUAGUCGCCCUCAUCCAUACACCCAAAGAAAAGCAAAAACAAGUACCAGAAUGUGAAUUUCGUUUGAGCAUUGUCGGAACAAUGAUGAAACUCCAAACAUUGAUGAAACUCCAAAAGAAAACAAUUGCCUAACAGGGCUAGCUUAGCUUAGCGGCUAAUGCUAACGCUCCUGUGAUUGACAACAGGGCUAGCAUAGCCCAGUGGCUAAUGGUAGUCUAAUGGUUUUGUCCUCUUGAAAAAAGACAAUGUUCAUUAUUAAGAUAAGCAGAUUGUAGAGUCCUUUCGAUGAGACUUUGUACAGAGUUGUUUUUUUAAAUUCACAUCUAUAAGGUAGCAUUGAUUACCAACUUUUUCUUUUAGCUUAACAUUUGAUAGGUGAAAGAAAAUCAAGGUUGCAUAUUUGAUGGGUUUUCUAGUUAUAAAACAUAUUGGGAUCUGUAUGAAUGCAGAUGUGUCCCUCUGUGUGUGUUAGGGUGAGAUAUAAAGGCUAAUCUAGAAAUACUAGAAUUAGCAAAAGGGCACCUUUUGAAUGGAAAAAGAAUCAAUAUGUGAGAGCUAUAGUGAAGAGACAUGGGGAGUGAAUGAGAACAUAUGCCGUACCAUAGAGGAAUAGGCCAUGUUCUCAUGAAUCACCCAUGAACCAAGGGCUUCAGAGAAGAUGCUCUCCUCUCCCUACUGGAUAGAUGCACCAUAUCCAAUGAGAGAUCGAGAUCGGAUGCCAUCUUGGUUGGUGAAACACAAAGUAAAACAAAGUCCCGGUCAGGUUCACAAAAUGGAGUUCUUGUCUCUUGUCCCCCCCCCUGUUGACAUUUGUGCAGCGUUGUGUACCGACGUUUUGAAGGAAAAUUGUAUACCUCAGGUGGAUUACAGAAAACACUGCAGUGGAUCUAUAAAAUAUUUUUUCCAACGCUCACACUCAGAUGGUCACAUAAAUACACAAGCGCACCCACACCACAACCACAAAGAUGUCAAAGAUGUCCGCAGU